AUGGCGCUCACUUUGACCGAAUCAUUAAUUCGCAGUCGUGUAAAUCUUACUCAUGAAAAUCUCGAGGAUAUCAAAUCUCUGUCUCUGCCUGGAACAUACCAUGAGAAGAUCGUAUCUAUAGGAACAUCCUUACGGAAAUUUACACGCCUAAAAUCACUGGAUUUUUCUAGAAAUGCCUUAGAGUCUCUGCAGGGAUUGGAACACUUACAACUAUUAGAAAAACUUAAUCUUUAUUACAACAAUGUGAGCAGCCUUGAAGAGUUAAAACGCCUGAGAUAUAACAGAAAUCUCAAAGAAAUAGAUCUGAGGUUAAACCCAGUCACUAGAAGUGAACCUGAUUAUAGACUAUAUCUGAUUCACAUGUUGCCUAAUUUGCAAAAACUGGAUGACAGGGGUGUACGAGAUAGAGAAAGGCAGGCAGCUUUGAUGCAUUUCAGCAGUAGCCAGGCGUUGGAGAUGAACCCUGUACCCCCACAACCACAGUCAGACGUUGCCACACCUCAUCCCAGAACAGAAAUGAUGGCAAAUUUGAUCAAGUGCCCCACAGUAUUAGAUAAUGAUGAUGAUGUCCUACUGGACAUCAUGAAUCGUCAGAAUGGUGACCUCAACAAGCCUCGGCCCCUGACUGGAUCAUCUGCAAGGGAGGACAGGGUUGAAGACUAUACUCUUGAUAGUUUAAAACUUCUAGACCAGUCCAAGCCUGCAAGAGCAAGGGGCAAGCCUGUGGAGAGCACACAAUCUGCAGCGAUAGAUCCCCCAUCUCUACAGAAAGAUGAAGAUCCUCACCUUGCUAGAUACAAGGAAUGGUAUCCCAAUAUUAUGUCUAUGCCUGGAGAAGGUGUUCAUAAAAUCGGAGAGGCUCCCAAAGGUGACCAAAAUCUUUUCUUUCCUGAUGAAAUAGAGGCAAACAGCAAAUACAGAGGUCAAGGAUAUUUUACUCCUAACCCAAAAGGUGAAUGUGAUCAGUCUCAGACAGACAGAAGAAGAUACAAAGAUCCACUCAGUGCCUCAGACCCCAUUCCCAAAUCAGAUAGAGGGGAAUGUUUUAGUUCUGAACCCAAGCACAGACAGUCAAGACAAGUCAGAUCAUCACAGGAUGACAUGGCAUGGACCAGACCCCGACUAAGCCGAACUAGUAGUGUCCCAGCCAGAGAGGAAUCAAACUAUUAUGGUGAUGCAAAAGAGAAAACUCUCAUCUAUUCUUUAUUAAACUUGGUGGAUAGAUAUUGGAAUGGUUCCAAAUCUUUGCACAAACAUCCUAAAUUCAUUGAGCAAGCCCUGAAAUACUUGUCUGAGUACACACUGACUCGAGAGCAUUUGAAAGAGGAUGAAACAAAUAAACUUAGACGCAAGGUUGAAGUCUUAGAGGACCAAAUUACCGCAUUAACAAAUAUGAAGAAUGGUUCUUCUGGAGAGUCUGCAGCAGUCAAAGAAGCUGAAUUAAGAGCAGCCUUGAAAAAGUCUCAUGAAGAUAUAAAACGCAUGCAUGCCGAAAUACGUCACUAUAUCAGUGAAAAUAGAAUUCUGCACAGAAAAUUAGAAACUCCAAAUUUUUCAUCCAACUGUGAUACUUGUGCCACUGAUUUGCCAGGGCAAUCAAUGACAGCAGAGGAGCUGCAAUACCAGAAUGAAGUACUUAAUCGUGAGCUUGAGUUGAUGAAAGCCAAAAUGAAACAGUACACUCAGCUACAAGAACUAGCCAGUAUGUUACAAGAGAGUCAUAGAUCCUUGGUGGAAACUAACGACCACCUUCUGCGAGAGCUAAAUGAUACCAAAGAAAAACAUCACCAGGAAGUUGAGCAGAUGCAUUGGAGCUAUAAUCAACUCAAAUCUACUCUGGAUUAUUCUUCUCUAUUCAAAAGUUCCAAGUUUAGCCAAAAUAACAGUAAUUUUGAUUGCAGCCACCCACCUGCUGGCAACAACAAUAGUCAGGACAGAGACAGAACUGGUGCAGACAAGUCUCUAAAUAAGUCAGGUGACAGUAUGUCAACCAAAACAUAA